AUGUGGAGAUUAGUCAACUUGCGGCACAUAGAUAUAGUUAAAACAAAAUUGGAAGAGAUGCCACUGCAUAUGGGUAAAUUAAGAAAUCUCUGGAGUUUAACUACUUUUGUUGUGAGCAAACAUAAUAGGUCUAAUAUUAAAGAGUUGGGGGAACUGCUACAUCUUUCUGGAGCAUUGUCUAUAUUAAAUUUACAAAAUGUUCGACAUGCUAGAGAUGCAAUGGAGGUUAAUUUGAAGGAUAAGCAACACCUAUAUAAGUUGGUGCUUGAAUGGGGUCAUGACAAGGGCAGUUCAAAAAAUGAAAUAAAUGUGCUUGAACAUUUGUGUCCUCAUUCAAAACUCGAAUCUCUCACCAUUGAAAAUUAUGGGGGUACAAGAUUUCCAAAAUGGUUACAAGAUUGUUCAUUCUCUAAUAUGGUGUACAUACGGCUUGCCAAUUGUAAGUAUUGCUACUCCUGGCCUCCACUUGGGGAUCUGCCCAACCUCAAGAAACUCUUUGUUGAAGGUUUUCAUGUGGUAUCACAUGUGGAUCGUGAGUUCUACAGGGGUGGUUCUUCUGCAGUUAAGCCAUUUAGAUCUCUUGAAAUAUUAAGUUUGAAGGACAUGCCAGAGUGGCAGGAAUGGUUUUUAUUUGAAGGCAAAGAUGAAGAUGAAGGUGGUGUUUUCUAUAAUCUCCAAGAGCUUUGCAUAAUUAAAUGUCCUAAACUAAGCAGAGGUCUACCCAACCACCUUCCUGCUUUAAUGGCACUUCAAAUUGAAGAUUGUCCGCAGCUUGUUGCUUCGGUUCCUAGAACUCCGAAUCUCAGUAAAUUGCAGUUAAGUAAUUGUGAUGAGUUACUAUUGAUGGAAUUACCACCCAGGCUAUUAGAGCUUGAAGUUGGAGAAGAAUUGGCAAUUAGAGGUGGUUUUGAUUCACUCUGGUGUUUUCCAUUGGAGUUCUACCCAAAGAUCAAAUAUCUUUUUGUGUUUGGAAGUGAAAGUCUUGAAUCUCUUUUGGUAUCAAAGGGAUCUCACCGGGAUCUUAUUUCUCUCACUUAUUUUGCUAUCUUUUCUUGCCCAAAUUUUGUGUCCUUUUCUAAUGGAGGAUUGUGUGCCCCAAAUUUGACAGAGAUUAGUAUCUUCAAUUGUGAAAAGUUUAAGUCACUACCUGAUGGGAUGUGCACCCUUCUCCCAUCUCUUGAGUCUUUGAAAUUGUUUAAUUGUCCAGAACUAGAAUCAUUUCCUAAGGGCAGUUUGCCCUCCAAUUUAGUUACCCUUGACAUUUCCAAAUGUGACAAACUCUUUUCCCGUCGCAUGGAGUGGGGUUUGCAACGUCUUCACUCCCUCAAACAAUUCAAAAUUUGGAAUGGAAUCGAAAAAGUGGAGUCAUUUCUGGACGAGGCAUUGCUGCCUUCCACCCUUACCGAAUUUACCAUUGGAGGGUUUUCAAAUCUGAAAUCACUCAACUCCAAGGGAUUUCAACACCUCACCUCUCUUCAACGCUUGGAGAUUAAGUUUUGCUCUGGCUUCCGGUACUUAACAGAAGAGCGCUUGCUUGCUUCUCUUUCUUCUCUAAUUCUCAGAGGAUGCCAUCUUCUAAAACGACAGUGUCAAAGAGAUAAAGGGAAAGAUUGGCCUAAAAUUUCACACAUCCCUUUCAUACAGAUUGAAAAUGAAGUUAUAACAUGA